UAAUUAAAAUAAAUAAUUAUGCGCAGAGCUAAAAUUUUUAUACGUAAUCAUUAUAUUAGGUGAUAUUAUUAAUGCGUUAUUCCAUAGGUUUUCAGUUUUCAAAUGCAUAACCUAAUUUAUCAAUGUGCAUCUUAUUGAACAGUGCACGACAAUAGGCAAUUAGCAAGAUAAAAUAAACUGAUAACGCUUAUCAAUAGCCAAACGAUAAACUCGCAUUGCAAAAGUAUCGGAGUCAUGUGAAAUCAUUUCAGUGUCGAAACAUCAUUAGGAAAUGAAAGUUCUUCGCGCUCUACGUAAUACACGGUCUUUAGGACUGAGGUAUUUCUCAGACAAUGUCUCUAAAUUUCCUCCUGAUCACCCGGUAGACAAGACAUUGCGAUCCCUUCGAUUGAAAAGAGUCACCGAUGAUGAUUUAAAACACACACAUUGUGAUGUAGUGAUCAUUGGAGGAGGAGGUAUGGGAUGCUCCAUUGCAUACUGGUUAAAAGAAUUAGCAGGAGAUAAUUUUAAAGUUGUUGUUUUGGAAAAGGAUCCUACAUACAGCAAAGCUUCUACAGUAUUAUCAGUUGGUGGACUAAGGCAACAAUUUUCAUUAGAAGAAAAUAUACGAAUGUCCUUAUUUGGAGCUGAAUUCAUUCGUAAAAUCAACGAUUAUCUAAAACACGAUGUAAAUGUUAAUUUUACUCCUUAUGGUUAUUUAAUGUUGGCCUCCGAAGAAGGUGCAGAUCAGUUAGAAAAAAAUUCAGCAUUACAAAGAUCACUUGGUGCCAAAAACGAACUACUAGGACCUCAAUUAUUAAAAAAGAAAUUUCCAUGGCUGAAUACUGAGGGAAUUGCUCUAGGUUGUCAUGGUUUAGAAAAUGAAGGAUGGUUUGAUCCUUGGGCUUUAUUAUCGGGAUUGAGGACCCGUGCAAAAGAGUUAGGUACAAUUUUUCAACAUGCAGAAGCUGUUGAAUUUGAAUUUGAGAAAAAGGACGAUAUUAUGGUACAAGGAGUUGAGUUAGGAGAAUAUGAACCAGUUUCAAGAGUUAUUGUUAGAGAACCAGAUGGCAAUUUAUACCCAAUAAAGUUUGCAAUAUGUGUCAUAGCUGCAGGACCUCAGUCUGGUCAUGUUGCCAGAUUAGCUAAAAUUGGUACUGGAGAAGGAUUGCUGUCAAUUCCUUUACCUGUGGAACCAAGAAAAAGAUACGUGUAUAGCUUUGAGUGUCAACAUCAUUCUCCUCCAGGUUUAAAUACACCUCUGACAAUCGAUCCAACAAAUACAUAUUUUAGAAGAGAUGGAUUAGGUGGCAGAUAUAUCUGUGGUCGUUCACCAGAUCCUGACAAAGAACCGCCAGUCGAUAACUUAGAUGUAGAUAUGGAUUAUUUUGAACAAAACGUUUGGCCACAUUUAGCACAUCGUGUUCCAUGUUUUGAAGCAAUUAAAGUUAAAAGUGCAUGGGCUGGUUAUUACGAAUACAAUACCUUUGAUGAAAAUGGCAUUAUAGGAUUGCAUCCAUAUCACAAUAAUACAUAUAUAGCAACUGGAUUCAGUGGGCAUGGAAUACAACAAGUACCAGCUGUAGGAAGAGCAGUAGCGGAAAUGGUUUUAGGUGUUGAGCAUCCAGAAAUCGAUUUAUCGAGAUUUGGUUUUGAUAGAUUAAUUUUAGAUAAACCCAUGUGGGAGAGUAAUAUAGUGUGAUAAUUGUUUUGUAUGAAGAACUGACAUACAUAAAAUAUAUAUUUAU